AUGUCUGUAGUAUUAUCUUCAUUGAAGCGAAAACGGGACAAUGUGGAAUCUAAAGUCGAUGUUGACAAUGGCAAACCAGAGGAAAACGACGAAGUACAGGAGCAAAGUGGCCUUCUCUCAUCUAUCAAGACUUUAUUUUGGUCGAAUUGUAAUACACCAACUAAGGAGAACAAGACUCCAGUGUCUGCCGGUAAAAGGCGGCGAAUUGAUUCUGACUUGAAAAAUGAUUUUACUUUAAUUUCUUCAUCGCCUCGUUUAAAUGGAGCGAGUAAAAUCAACUCAAACAACCGUGACAGAUUUGAAAAUGACGUUUCAUUUGGCGCCUGUAUUGAGGACGAUGAAUCCACGAGAAAUAAGCCACGUUCGUCUAUUCUUGGGACACUAUUCUCGCCUGUCUUGACUUUAUUUGGGAAAAAUGGUGAAGUUAGAACCACGACGUCUAGCAGUCGGAAGUUUGUGGAAAUAAAUGAAGCAAAUUUGAACUCGAAUUACACUUCUGUUUGCUCGUGUGAAUCAACAAAUAAUGACAAUCGAGGAAAUGACAAUUACAAUACAAAAGAGGAUGAAAAUGCUAACAUUGAAGAAAUUAAUUCAAACAACAAUGAAACGUUUGAAUGGCCUGACAACGAUCCUUACUAUUUUUUGCGGCAUUUGCCACCUCUGACUGAUGCCAAUCGUCAUCAUUCUACACCAGUUUUGCCUUUGAGAACUAGAAGCACACCAGAAUACACGUUAGUGUUAGACCUUGACGAAACUCUCGUACAUUGCAGCUUAAAUAAACUCGAAGAUGCUGCUUUAACCUUUCCCGUACUUUAUCAAAAUAUAUCUUAUCAGGUUUUUGUACGUACAAGACCACAUUUACAUCAAUUUCUGGAAGAAGUCGCCGACAUAUUUGAGGUGAUUUUGUUCACCGCAUCCAAGCGAGUUUACGCUGAUAAACUAAUUAACAUUUUGGACCCAAAGAAAAAGAUAUUUCGGCAUCGUUUGUUUCGAGAGCAUUGUCUUUGUGUUCACGGCAAUUAUAUCAAAGAUCUGACAAUUUUGGGCAGGGACAUGACGAAAACUAUGAUUGUGGAUAAUUCGCCUCAAGCUUUCGCUUAUCAACUGUUCAAUGGCAUACCAAUUGAAAGUUGGUUUGCCGAUCACUCGGACACAGAAUUAUUGAAUUUAUUGCCUUUCCUUACAUUUGGUGCAACAGGAAGCGAUGUACGGCCAGCUAUUCGUGACCGUUUCAAAAUGCACGAGUUACUACCAGUUAGCGUGCGAUAAGGCGCAAGAAUUCAAGUGUGUAUGCGCUUGUUUUACACGAGAUAUGAGAACACUGUAGUUUUCGCACUUUAUGUGUAACUUCACAGAUAUUGACUUAAUUCUUAAUUUAUUUUAAAAACCUUGGUAUUUUUACACCACGAUAAAUCAAAUACUUCGAUGUUAUACGUAAAUUAUGAAGAUAAAUGUAAACUAGAUAUUAUGGCCACCAGUUGAGAAAACAUGCCUAGUCUUUUACUUUAUAUAUUCGCUUUUGACGAAUGUUGUAGAAUUUUAGCGUACAUACAGGAUUUAAAAGAUAUUUAAAAACUAAAUAUUGCAUUAUAUUGUCGUUAGGCGUUGUUAUAGUAAUGAUUAAAUAUAAUAAUAAACAAUAAAUUUACAAACUCUCCAA